AUGAAGAAAGAGGUGGUGAUCGUGGUAAAGCCACAGAAGUCCGCCAAAGUGGUUGGGCUAAUGGUAGGUGACGAGGAGGGACUCGAGCUUGGUUCCCCUGAUGGCGAUGAAGAGGGUCCCAAAGAAGGUGACGAGGAGGGAGUCAACGACGGUUCCGCUGAUGGCGUGGACGUGGGAUGGCCGGAACUCCACGUGGGCGAGGCUGUUGGGGUGGCUGAAGGCGACGACGAAGGACCGCUCGAUGGUUGGAUCGAGGGAGAACUCGAUGGGCGGGAGCUUGGCAAGGACGAUGGGGCUCCAGACGGACCAGUGCUUGGAUUGGACGAGGGAACAUCCGAUGGAGCAGACGAAGGGAUGUCUGUCGGCUUUGGCGUUGGUGAGUCGGUAGGGGCCGACGAGGGUACCAUCGAUGGAGCAGAUGAUGGCAUUGUCUUUGCCGCCUCCAGAGCUGCUUGCCGAGUCAUCACGCCAUUCCUCAGAACAGUCCACAUGCCAUCUACCACAUUAUCGGUUUUGUCCGACAAGUAUUCUUCAAAGGAAGCACCCCCUUUUUCCAUGACGUCCACGUCCAUAUCGGCUCGAACAGCAGGAUCAGUACCCGAGUCGCCGUCCCUUGCGUUGGACGCAUCCAACGGCAUGAGCAAUAUCUUCUUCGUCUGCCUCACCAAGGGAGCACAGUCGUCUUCUCGGAAGGAAUUGGCAGCCGUACGAAACGCGUCUCGAACUUCUUCGUCGGUGUAG